UUUUGGGGUGGAGGGGUACACAGCUGAAAUUGGGGGCUCCCGGCGGCGUCAUGCUGAGGCGAUCAUUGUCUCUCUCACACUUUCUAACUAGCCAUUUCACAACAUCCAGACAGCGGCUCGUUCCGUACGCAGCAGCAGCAGCUUUGCGCUCGGGGCUUGUUUCUCCCCGCUUCGACCAGAACUACUCGACGCGCCGAUAACAACGAUUACUGGACUAAACCCAUCAUAAUGUCUCAUUUCAGACCGGCUGUUAGCCAAAUGAGUUAAGUAAUGGCUGAAGAGAUCCGAGUCCACCAGGUGCGAGAAGUGGCUGUUUAAAUGAACCCCAACUAAACAGAAGAAAAGCACUUUCGUUUCUGUGCACAGCAGACUUGGAGGAGCUGGUCCGUGGACAUCAUGUACAGAUCGGCGGAUUUUACACCCAGAAAGCCACCGAGUGCCUUUGAUUUUGGAUUACUGUGACACACAUGACGUGUUUUUUAUAGGGGGAUUUGUUUAAGGAGUCUGCUUCCUCUCGCUCCUGUUCGCUGUCCUCCGGGUUCCUGCAGGACUCCAGAGUCGCUGAGAGCCCAUGCAGUCGCUAAGUUUGACCAGGGAAAGGAGUGAAGUGCGACCCCGAGCUGGAUGGAUGGUUAUGGGGAAAAGAGGAAGACCCUCGGCGCUUGAAGUGUGCAGAGUCCUCGCAGUGUUUCUCUCACUCUUCCCCUCCGUGAGUCUGCAGUGCAAGAUCCUCAAGUGUAACUCAGAAUUUUGGGCCUCUACCUCGAACUCUGGACUAGAGGAAGAAUUUUGCACAGCUCUGCGAGCAUACAACAGCUGUGUACGCCGGACUGCGCGUACCUGCAGAGGUGACCUUGCGUACCACUCUGCCCAGCAUGGCAUAGUUGAUUUAAUGAGCCAGCACAACUGCUCCAAGGAGGGGCCAACGUCCCAACCACGUGCCUGGACCCCGCUUCCUCCUCCGCCCCCGCCACUCCUGCCUGACAGCCAGGAACGCUCAGAUGGCCCGGAAGUGUGCCACUAUGAGCGAAGUUUUCCACGCAACAUACCGCCGCCUAACUACACCCACUGUGGCUUCUUUGGAGACCCGCACCUCCGAACCUUUGGUGACGAUUUCCAGACAUGUAAGGUGGAAGGAGCCUGGCCACUCAUCCACAACAAAUACCUGUCUGUCCAGGUGACCAACACUCCUGUUGUGCCAGGGUCUUUUGCAACCGCCACAAGCAAGCUGACAAUCAUCUUUAAGAAUUUCCACGAAUGUGUAGACCAGAAGAUGUACCAUGCCGAGACAGAUGAACUGCCAGCCGCAUUUGCAGAUGGCUCCAAGAAUGGAGGGGAUCGGCACGGAGCAAACACCCUGCGCGUGGUGGAGAAGGUUCCCGGGCAGCACGUGGAGAUUCAGGCCAGGUACAUUGGUACAACCAUAGUUGUCCGGCAGGUAGGUCGCUACCUGACCUUUGCUGUGCGAAUGCCAGAGGAAGUUGUGAACUCUGUGGAGGAAGGUGAUAACCAGGACUUGUACCUGUGUCUUCACGGCUGUCCUGCCAACCAGCGUAUCGACUUCAGGAACUUCAAGGCUCGAGCGGCAGAGGCCCACAGUGCAGGCAGGCCCAGGGGCGCCACGUGGGUACAUGGCUUUACCUAUCAGUCGGCAAAGGCCAAGUGUAAAGAGCGGCUUCCAGUGGAGGAUCUGUAUUUUCAGUCCUGUGUGUUUGACCUUCUCUCAUCUGGAGACAUUAACUUCACCAUGGCAGCCUACUACGCCUUUGAGGAUGUAAAAAUGCUCCACUCAAAUAGCAAGAGAUAUCACAUUUUUGAAGAGGAUGAUUUUAUGAAUAAUGCAGCACAGAGGGGCAAAGACUUACUUUCACUCUUCCUCAUCAACCUCCUCGCUGUCUUGCUGUGGAUUGAGUGUUGCACUGGUCAUCCAUAGUCCAUGUACAACAUUAUCCCGAUGAUAUAUCUGUCACUGAGUGUUAGAAUACCAUUGGUGUGUCAUACAUCGGCUCCUCUCUUCUGCUCUGGUUCAGUGACGUGACUGCUGGCUUGCCAGUAACAUCAUCACAACCUUAAGUCUCAUUUUAGCUGCAUUGUCAUGUCUUCAGUCUAAUGACAAGGUGUUCACCCACCUAUCAUCGCAUAUAUUUAGCUGGUUCUUAGCACUGGUCUUUGAAGAGAGCAGCGGUGAGAGAGCCCAGCUACCCCAGAGCUCAGGGUGUCCACCUGGGAUUAUAUCCCACAUUCUCACAAUGUCUGCAUGCCUGUGGGAAGUCAGACAAGAUGAUCUUUUGCAGAAAGAGGAGUCUGCUGAUCCUCCCCUCCCCUGAUCCCUUCAUUGGUGCCAAGCCAGUGAAGCUCUCUGUGGUUGAUGUGGCCAAGCAAGGGGACCUGACAGGGGCUUUUGUGAACCUAAGGCCAGAAGCAGCUCUAUGUUUGAUUAGUUUCCAGCUUUGGAAAAGCCUGAGCCUUCUGGAGGAAGCGCUCAGCCAAGAGGAUGUCAGAGCAGCAUCUCUGUUGUCUGCUGUGGAGAUUAAUGGGUCACAUAAUUAUGUUGUGCAUGUGUGUGUGUGUGAGAGAGAGAGUGCAGCUGUACAAUGUGUGUAUGUCUGGUUAAUUUUGUGUGUUUGUGGGUGCAGGAGAUCCCAGAAAAAUGGGGUAACAAAUCUCUGGUGGGAGAAAUCUUUCAAAUGUCAUGUUGUUGCACCCAAAAUGUCAGAAAUGGGAAAGACAAGGUGCUCCACACUUUGUUCAAAUGAACUCUAUCAGCCAAGUAGCAAAUCCCACAAGUGAACAGGUAAAAAUAAUCUCGUACAUCUGUACAUCAUUUCCAGUGUCAUGCAGCCUUUUUCCUUCAUUGUUUGAGCUGACACGUUGCUCAGGCAAUGUUUGUUGUUUUGUUUUUUAAGUCUGUAAUGUGAAUGUAGUUAACAAGAAAGCAAAAAAACAAAGUUAGUUAAGGGCACUUACGUGGUUUUACAGAAUGUAGCCCAACCGAUUAUACGCGGACACCUCUCUGUGAGUAUUUUGUGAAUUUAAAUCUUCAUUGUAAAAGUGGUUUAGAUACUGUUAGCACUAGCUGUAAUGACGUCACCUGUAGCCAGCUCAGCUUUUUAUACACUACCAACGUGUGGCUUAGUGAGUAAACGAUAAGCACAUGUCUGUAGACGUGAUUCCAUGGCUUAAGUCAUUGCCAAAGAACAAGCCUUGUGCCAACAGUUGAAUUUUCAUCUUUCAGUCUGAAACAAUUCAUAUUAGGGAGGUUCUUAAUUAUAUAUCACUUUAGUUUGUGGGAGAAUCUGCAGUAUGCAGAAAAGUGACAGUACACUGUAAACGUGACAUUUGUUUCUGUUGUUUCAGUCUCACCUUUGUGUUUCAUGAUAACACUCCUAAUUCCAUUUGACCUUGGCUCCCAGCUUUAGUAUCCAGUAAUGUGUAAAUCAUCCAUGUUGAUACCGUUACUACUCGGGCACAGUUUUACAUUUAUAUUUUACACUGAAGUAUUUGGCAGGUCUUAGUACUGCUGCUUGGAUUAUGCAUUGGUGCAGUUUGAGAACACACACACACAAAAAUCAUACAAACAAAUGAUUGUAGUGUUGAAUCUUGUGUUAAUAGAUGUAAUCUGUAUUGUGAGUUAUACAGUAUAUGGUUCUACAUGUGUAAUAGGAGAUUGUACACAUUUUUGUGAGUUUAAAUUUGUAUAUUACCAAUUGUGUUUUGAAUUUAUCACUUCAGUUUUUGUACAUAAUGUCUUGGUGAAUGUGAGCCUUUUUUAUUUAAAAAAGGAUUUUUGCAAAAACAUGAACACCACAGAACAAAUUAUUCCAAAACAGUAUACCAGGUCUGUGUGGAGUUGUUGGUUGUCAUCACUUGUUGCCUUCUUAGGUGAUGAUAAAGUAAAACAUCCUGAAUGCAGUCCACGUUAUCUAGAAAAGCAAUGUAGGAAAGUGUUCUGGGGUGUUUGUGUUUUUGAGGUGAAAGCACUUUAUGUUUUCUUUGUUUUUUAUUUAGCUCUUAUUUUGUUUGAAAUUCUGUGUCAGACUUCUCAUGGCUCAAAAGAAUAAUAAAUAGCUGACUGGCAAAUGCCAGAAAGAUCAAACUGUUUGUAUGUAAAGCAAAUGUGGUGCCACACACCAGCUGUUUAUAAUGUAAAUUAUUUAUUGAAUUAAAGAAAAUGUCUUGUUAAUGAGGCACACGGGUCUCAUUUGCUGUUAGAGCACUUGUUGAAAAACUCACCACGUGUUGCUCUAAUUUGUUGUGUUUGACUGCCCCCUACUGUAAAGACGAUGUGGUGUGUUGAAUG